AUGCUCCUCUUGUUCUGUCUGUCCGCCCUCUCCUCUGCGGGUUUCUCCAUGGAGACGAACCAGACCUCCAGGCUGCCGGUGGAGAGCGGGGAGCAGUGCUCGCCCUGCGAAUACCGGGAGCACAACAAGCAGAUGAGGCUCCACAGCAUCAAGUCCCAGAUCCUCAGCAUCCUGCGGCUGGAGCAGGCGCCCAACAUCAGCCGGGACAUGAUCCGCCAGCUGCUCCCCAAAGCGCCGCCUCUGACGCAGCUGCUGGACCAGUACGACCCGCGGGUGGAGGAGGAGGACCACGCCACGACGGAGACCAUCAUCACUAUGGCCACCAUGCACAACCCGAUCUCCCAGGACGAGUUGUCCUCCUGUUGUCUCUUCAGUCUCAGUCCAAAGAUCCAGCCCAAAAACAUCCUGACGGCUCAGCUGUGGGUUCACCUGCGGCCGGCCCACAUGGUCACCACCGUGUUCCUGCAGCUCUCCCACCUCAAACCUGGAAACGAGGGGAACAGCACCCGCGUGCGAGUGCGCUCGCUGAAGAUCGACAUCGACGCCGGAAGCGGCUCUUGGCAGAGCGUCGACAUCAAGUCCAUGCUGCAGGCUUGGCUGCGACAACCGGAGGCCAACUACGGCAUCGAGAUCAACGCCUACAACUCCAGGGGAGAAGAUCUGGCUGUGACAUCUGCAGAGCCUGGAGAGGAAGGACUGCAACCUUUCAUCGAAGUGAAGAUCCUCGACAGCCCCAAGAGGUCCCGUCGUGACUCGGGCCUCAACUGCGACGAGGAGUCUGCGGAGACGCGCUGCUGCCGCUACCCGCUGACCGUCGACUUCGAGGAGUUCGGCUGGGACUGGAUCAUCGCGCCCAAACGUUACCGGGCCAACUACUGCUCGGGCGAGUGCGAGUUCAUGCACCUGCAGCAGUACCCGCACGCACACCUGGUGAACAAGGCCAACCCGCGGGGCACUGCGGGGCCCUGCUGCACGCCCACCAAGAUGUCGCCCAUCAACAUGCUCUACUUCAACCGCAAGGAGCAGAUCAUCUACGGGAAGAUCCCGUCCAUGGUGGUCGACCACUGCGGCUGCUCCUGAACAAUUUGUCCCUGGAAACACAACUGUGUCCGUUUCAAGUAAUCAGCUGCUGAAUCAGAUUUUGUUGAUUUUCAAUAUAAAUUUCUUGAACUUGUUAUUUAUCCACCGUAACAGAAGACACAACUUUUCACACAAUAUGAGACUUGUUUUCCAUCGUGCACACACAGAUGAACUCCUGCUGCUCCCUGUCCUCCCGUCCACAUGACAACGUGUCCUGAUUUGAGUCUUGACCCUGCAGGGCGUCUUUCAUGUGCGCCCUGAUUUUACAAAACAUGAACUGAGUGACUCUCUGCCCUGAUGCUUGUUUGCAGACUCCUCGCUGUGACCAGUUCCCAAGACCGUCACGGCGACAGAGAGAAAGACACUUUUACAAGGACGUUGUUGCAGGUGCGUUGUGAUAUGUUGUCAACAUGCAGAGGCUGGUGAAUGGAUGGAGCUGAACGACAGACGGCGAGAGGCUGAGGGAUUUUCUCCUCAGUGUAGUUUUCUUCUUCUGGAGGUUUCGAGUUGGAUCUUCUGUUUUUAAGUUGAUCACAAUACAAAAAUAUAAAAUGAGUUGGGGCUGAAUCGUUGUCCUUCUCACUUACAAACAACUGGAGAUGAAAACAUGUUCUCCUUGACAGACUUAAGAAAAAUAAAGCCUGUAAAAUCAUUGUACACACACAUUCACUCUGCCCUGAGAUUUAAAAAUGGAUUUGCUCGUCUAAUUUUACUUUUUUCUUCUUGUUUCUUAAGCAUAAAUAUGAAAAGGUCUGGGGAGACAUCUAGUGGACAGUUGCAGCACCGCAGCUGAAGGUGUGGGUGUGUUGGUUGUUGGUGAACUGGUGUAAACAUGGUGCACUCACACAUUGAUCAUUGAUUUAUACACUCAGCCGUCGUCUGAAGCCUGAUUCAGAUCUAAAAUCAUCAUCAACUGAUUUAACAGUGUCUGAACACCGAGGGAACACUAGGACCCAUCAGCCAAAUUUACGAUGUGAGCAGAAAAUGUGAUCUCAGAGGGAGGUUUCAUCUCGAUUUGAAGCUGAGUGCAGAUGUCCCGACUGUUGUUGUGCCUCGCAGGGGUUUCUGACCCACAAGCCUUUGCUUCGCUGUUGGAACAGGACGUCCACGAGUGACACACAUUCACGUUUGUGAUUCUGCGGUGACCCUGAGUUCCCUUUUUUCUUUUCUUUUUUGGGAUAUGGUCACAUUGCUGCAACAAUGUGGAUCCAAGAUAAUUUAGUUUUUGUCCUGUGUUUCUUAAGACAAAGCCACAAGAUAGGAAGAAGAAUCAAGAUGUUAGAGAAGCAGAAAUAUUCCUUUUCACGAGAUUCCGUGUCUUGCUUUUCUUGCUAUUUAUCUUUCUGUAACCGUUGAUUUAUACAAUUUAAACACGAUAUUGCUCACACACGAUCUGUGUUUGUAAAACCUGAGGUCGGUGCUCUGACAGUGAAACUAACACUGGAGACACGACAAGAACUGUGGGAGUUUGACUGUAAUAGACAUUUACCUGCAGCGCCGUCGUAGUUUCAAGGACUCAGUUUGUGCAUUGUGUGAAUACGAAUAGUGAAAAAUGUGCUGUACAUCUCAUAAGUGUAAGAAAUAGAAUUAUUUGCAUAUGUAACAGGAGUUAUUACUCAUUUAUAUACAUCAGCAUUACCACAGAUUUAUUUUAUAUUGAGAAACAAACGGUCGGUCUUGGAUGAACGUGUAUAUCUUUUAAAUAUAUAUAUUUUUUGGGGUGUUGUUCAUUAACAGGUAACAUUAUUCUCUCGCUCUUCUGUAUGACACACACCUUCUG